UAAAAGAAUCUUCAAAGAAAAAAAAAUAAAACAAAUCAAAGGCAAAACAGCAACUUUUGAGUUCUGUGGAACCACUUUGGUCUCUCUUCAGAGUUGUUUACAGUUAGCGAUCGAGAUCCAGUCAUGGCGGGUACAGUAGCAAGAUUUGUGAAAAAGUUUGGUAAAGAUGAUAUUUGGUAUCGAUUAUCGUUGGUAGUAAUACCAGUCUCAGGUGUCUUAAUAGUACUUGCGCAAAAGAAGCUUGACUGUAUCAGAGAGGAAAAGAAGCUUUUGAAUGCGAGGUUUGAUCAACUGAAGGCUAGGGGAAUAAUCAGAGAGCAGUAAUCGGUCGGUCACAGAUUACCCAAAAGGGGUGUUUUGGCUUUGUUUUUUUUGUUUCUUCUUUCUUUUCUAGGGUUUAAUAUUUGUUUCUCCAUACACGUUUCCAUGCAUGAAAUCAAGCAACUCUAUGCAAUUAGUUUAUUAUUGAUUUUAACUUCUUA